UUCCACUUAACCCACAUACUAGGAAUCUAAAUGUAAAUUUGUAGUUUUAAAGAGUAAAACUCGUAUUGUUCAAUUGUAUGCACUGUAUGUGAUGUUCAAGAACAUUAAUUCAUUAGUUGUAUCAAAUACACACAACAAUUCAAUCAGUAGUAUUGUUGUAAUUCCUAACAAGCAUACCAUCUUCUAAUAGCUUACUAUGAAUCUAUUUCCGACUUUCAAGGAUUUGGAUCAUGAAACGCAGUUUAAAGUUGAUCAGAAGAAGGUUAUCAUGUAGUGAUAGUUUUUGUAAGUCAAGUUUCUUUCAACUUCAUGCUACAGUAGACCAGUUACAUUGCCUAUGAUAAAUCAUUCAGAUAUUCUGCUCUCCUGUUAAGUUGUGAAGAAUGGAGAGUUAAUUCAUUGUAUUCUUCUUUUGGUGGAGAGACCCAAACGUUGUUCCAUUUCCCAUCAUAAAAAAAGAAUAGAACGGAGUUAAUCUGUUAACACUUCUCAGUAGAUGAUAAUUGAAGAAUGUGUUACAACACAUAUUUAAUUUGAAAAUGUAUGUCUUGUCUUUUUAACCAUAAGUUAACACUCUUCCAAUAAAACAUGGUAGAAUAAGUGGAUGAUGCUUCAUGUCUCUUGUCAAUAUUAAUAUGCAUAGCUUACUAGUUUGUUGUACAACAUCACUAAAUUCAUCUUUUUGUGGAUCCUAAUUUCUUGGCAUGUUUUUGAAUGUACUCUUACUAUUAUUGUUUCACGCUGUAUACAUUUCUCAAUAUUGAGAGAUAGCGAUGGUGUUUAUUUAGUCUGUAAUUUAUUAUAUUCACAUCUGUUAAGACGUUACACUGUUCAAAUUUUGUUACCUACACUAUACAACUCUGAUGCUAACAUUUCCCAAUAUGCAGAGAUCAUGAUAGUGAUUCAUUCAUUUGUUAUUAUCAAUAUUUCAUAGUAUUUGUAGUAACGUUUUUAAACUAUUUAAUGCAGUGUGAAAAUAAAUACUGUUCUAUUUUAUUGCAUAUUAACAACAUUGGUUGGUUUACAGGCGCUCAACACUUCGACAAUAAACCAGAAAUCUGUAGAUAUGUACCAGAAACCUGUAGCGAUGUGCCAGAGAACUUCAGCGACGUUUGCAACAAUUUUGCUGUUAAGUCGGAGCCUUGUUCGAGCUCCGAGGAAGAGCUGGAUGACGAGGAGUCGUCAGUGACGUCACUGAGUUCACUGAACUCGUCAGAGUCGGAGUUUGACGGCUUUAGCGUGGAAGAUGGCGGCGUGCCGUUGCCCAGUGCUGACGUCAGCGAAACGUGGACGCAGUGCUUCAGGUGCAAGCAUAUAUUCGGCACGCAGACGGAGUAUGUGAUGCAUUUGUACGUGUGCGCAGGCGCCGCUGCUCUCAAGUGUUGCCAGUGCGAGUUCAAGACUAGAGACAAGGAGGUGCUGGAGAGACAUCAUGAAGAGGAGCAUGUUGUCAAGGCUGUCCAAAAGACUGUAAAGCCACGAGGCAGAAAGCCGAAAACGGACCAAGUUCGCCUGCCGUGUGGGCAGUGCCGACGCACGUUCAAAGAGGCCCGACAGCUCGACUACCAUCUGCGAAGAGAGUGCGGCCGACCGCCGCGAUUCGUGUGUGCGCUGUGCACAUACCGCACCAAUCAGAAGGCUCAGAUGCGCAUGCACGAGGAGAAAGUGCACAACCAGCUGUCUGCCUCGUUCGUACAGCUGCAGCGGCCUGCUUUCAUUGCUGCAACCGCCGCCGCUGCAGCUAGAAGUCAAACAACGCUGCAGUCUGCUGUGACAGCUGAAAGGCCAGUAACAUCUACUGCAGUUGGUACAGCUGCUGAUAUGACUACUGCUGCAGUUUCGGCUGAAAGCCCAGCAACACCUACAGCGGUUGCUACAAUUGCUGAUAUGUCUACUGUUGACGCUGCUACUGUUGCAGUUAUGGCUGGAAGUCUGGUAGCACCUAAUAUGGUUGUUACAACUGCUGAUGCAGCUACUGUUGCAGUUAUGGCUGGAAGUCAACUAUCAUCUAUUGCAGUUGCUACAACUGCUGAUAGGUCUUCUGUUGAUGCUGCUGCGGCUGAAAGUCAAGUAACGCAGCAGCUUUCGCCGGUUGGAAUGGUGACCACACCACCAAAGUGUACCGGAGAAGUAGAUACUAUCAACAAUAAUAAUAAUAAUAAGGCUUCAACAUGUCAGACAAUGGCAGGUCCGGGCUCUGAAUGAAUAUUGAUGUGAUGGUUGAAAAAGUUGUGGAUUAUAUAAAUUUGUAGUCAAAAGGUUUUGGGGAUUAAUUUUAUUGUUUAUGAAAAAUUAUUUCAUACGACUUGUGUUGAUUCUACAAGUAAUGUUGAAUCUUCAGUGAAUUUGGAAAACUGUUGGGGGAUGAUUAUGACGAUUGUAGAAUAAAUGAUGUGCAAUUAUUAUUGAAUUUGCAAAAUUAUUAUUGGAUGACGAUUUAGGAAGAUUGUAGAACUAUCUUGGAUUGAUGAUUGAAUAUGAAAAACUAUUGGAGAAUGAUUCAGGAAGAUUGAAGGACAAUUUCAUGAUUGAGUAGCCUAUAGUGAAACAUAGGGUAAUGAUUUGGGAAGCUUGUAGAAGAUAAUAGCUAUUGUGUAUCAAUUUUCUAAUAAGGAUAUCAUUCGAUUUGAUUACAUUUGUCAAGCAGCAAUGAGUAAAUUCAGAAGAAAACAUGAAUAGUUUGAACCCAAUAACUGGUGUCUUGCUGUCACAAAAUAUAGAUUGCUAUUACAGGGUACUUUUAUACUUAUUGACAGAAUGAUGGAAAAGUAUUAAUUACCGUAAUGUGAAUUUUAUAAACUUUCAUAAACUAGUCGUUUUAAUAAUGUUUCAUCAUAAAUCAGCAUCAUUAAUAUGAAAAUAAAUAUUAUGAGCAUAAAAUGAAUUGAAAUACACAUUUUUAUAGAUAGGGAUAUCAAAAAAAGUAAUAUGUGUAUGAAUAAUUAUUUAUUGUUGAAUACCAAUUAUUUAAUAAUAUGAACUUGAUAAAUUUUCAAUUGAUAGCUAUAUGUAGGGUGUAGAAUAGAAUUUAUAAACAGGUAAAUAAUUAAAAAAUCAUUCGAAUAAAAAAAAUCUGAAACUACUAAUUAAAUUGAUUGAUUAUGUUUAAAACACAUUAUUUAUAAAAGUAUAAUUUACUUCUGUAAAAUCUAAAUGAGUAUACAUAAUUAAAUGUUUUAUAAUUUUUCAACUCCACUGCAUGAAAUAUAAAAUUUACUGGUCGUUCCAUAUUACUGUCAUUAGUAAAAAUACCAUUCAGUGUCUCUCUGAGUCAUACAAGUGCCUGCAAAGGUCAAUUACUCAUUCCAAUUACUAGCCUACUAUCACAGUUUUGUUUUUAAAAUAUUAUAGAAUAUAAUUUCAAACAUUAUACAUAAUUCAUCAGAAGCAUAAUAUAUAUAAUGCUUCUGAUGGAUUAUAAGAAAUAAUUUAUUGUAUUAUAUACUUUCACAGACAUUCUUCUGUUUUCUUAUGUAAAACACAGUGUGAUAAAGUAGUACAAAUAUCUCUCCACAUUAUCUUCAAAUAAUUUAGUUCAAGAAGUUUUAUUAAAAAUACUGAUUAAUCAUUUAAUAAUGGAAAAUUUAUAAUCAUUUUGAAGUACAUAUGUGAUUCUCACGAUACUGUUGUAAAAGAGAAUGUAAGCUGAGCUUCGAGACAUAAGCCUUGAAAAUGUGUCAGUAGGUAGCCAUAGUGUAGUUUUUGAAAUGUAAUGUAAGGAGUUAUAUUGGAAAUGUAAUGUAAGGAGUUAUAUUGGAAAUGUAAGGAGUUAUAUUGGAAAUGUAAUGUAAGGAGUUAUAUUAGUAAUAAUAUGUUUGUAUUCCCCAAGGAUGUUUGACAAAGUUGAAAAAGGAUGAUAGCUUGCAAGUGCCUUCAGAUGAAGAUGAGAUUAUAGUUAAAACCAUGUAUUCAAUUAUGUGGCUUAUCUAGUGUGGCUUUCAAACCUAACAAAAAGCUGCCUUAUUAUUACUAUAUUAAAUAAGAUAUCUUUAGAAUAUUGAAUAAUGCAUUUGUUAUUCAUUGCCAUUAUUGUAAGGGUGUGCAUGGUUAUUCCAUCUAUAAACCAUUUUUAAUAAUGCUAUGGAUAUUUUAUUAUUGUUGAAUGAUAUUUGUUUCAUUUAUUUCAAUUUUAUUUAGAUUUCGUAGCUUUUUACUAAACCCGGCUUUGUUAGGUUACCAUCUUUGAUAAAUCUAUAAUUUUAAUGGAAUAUUUGAAAGAUACUAUUUUAAGGAUAUUGUAAUUCACGUUGAAUGUGAUGCUGUAUCGUAGUAUUCAAUAUUUCACUGGAUCUCUGAAAAUAAUUAAAUGAGUUUUAGUAGAAGUAAACAGUAUUUCUUGAAAAUAUUUCAACAAUGUCCAUAAUUCAUGCUCCAUUGAAGUCAGAGUUCAGUGUGAAACUCUGAAUUUUAGAUGAAUUACAUAUUAUAUCUAAAUAAUCACCACCCAGUUCUCCCUAAAUAAGUUUUUCAUUUCUAGGUUUCAUUAUUCUCAGUUUUGAAUUUCUGUCAUUUUUAGUUCUAGAUUUAGUUUGAAAUUAUUAGAUACAAGUGUGUUCAUAUUUUGGGAAUAGAUUAGAAGUGUUAUUUUUAAUGAAUGAUCUCGGAUAAUAUAGACUGCCUUUGAAAGUAGUCUGUUGUAUGGUCCAUUCCGUUAUACAGUUUCGACUUCAUUUCAAAAUAUUUAGAAGAUUUAUAAAAUUAUUCUACUAAAAUAUAAUUCGGAAAUCCGUUAAAAAUGUUUCAUGUGAAGAAUGAUUCGCUCAUUCCUAAUAGAUUUGGAGAUUAUUUCCAGACAACUGCUGCUUUUUUGAAUAACUUGAUUUCAGUUUACAAUGAGAAUAUUGUUAAAUUUUAUAUUUUCAAACUUGUCUACUCAAUCUCUGUCCCAUAUAGGGUCCAACUAUUGAUAUUUCGUUAAUAGCAAAUUAUGAUCAAUAGUUUUUUACAAGCACUUCUUCAUUCUUAUUUUUACACAAAAAAUUAUAGCAAUUGAAUGUUUGUUUGAAGUUGUAUAAGGAAUAGUAGUUUUUUUAAUACAUGAUUGACGAUCACUAAAACAAGUAGAAAAAUUAAAAGUAAUUAUUAGAAUUAUCAUUGAUUGAGAAUGUGUCUUACUAUGUAUAGGCUACCACCAAAGUUUUUUUAUGACCUUUACUAUUUAUCAUGUAAAGUUACUAUGAUUCUCAAAUAAAUGAAACACAGAAAGUAUAUGAAUUUUUUUUAUAAACUAUGUGUGUGAGUUUUGGACUUGAGGGUGAUUCGACAACUUUCUUAUUGAAAUAUCUAUGGGGAUAUCAAGCUUCAAUUGGAUAGCUUCCCAUAAUAUGCAAGUGUAUAAAAUUAUUUACGUUUUAUAAAAAUCCAUCUUACUUUGAAAAGAUACAUUGUUGGUUUGUUUCAGAAAAUAAAAUAAAGAUAUAAGA